AUGGCUGAAGCGCCUCAAUCUGAUUCCUUUGCUUGGGAAAGAGAUGAUAAUGAUGGUCUAUCCGGCGAAGUUCCUAGCGGAGAUGGUGGCGGUUCGGACCUUGAUGUAGAUUCCAAAAGAGAUAAUAGUUACGUCAUCGAACCCGAAGAAUUAGGGCGCCGUCAAAAUUCUACUUCAGCUUCUUCUAUGGCUAGGUCUGAGGAAGCGGUUGAGGAACAUGCUAACGGACUUGACGACACCAAAGUUUUUUCCCCUAGUAACCCACCUCAUGAAAAUGCCUUUAUGGAAUCUUGGAAGGCUAAUUUUGAGGCUGAUAUUAAAGCUCGGGAUGAAAAAGAAGCUGCGAAAAUAGCUGAGUGGGAAACGACAGCGAAAAAGGAGUUGGAGGCAUGGUACGCCCAUUACCGAAAGCAGAUGGCUCUCCGUUCAGCGGACAACCGCACAGAAGCUCCACGAGAUGCCUCUGGAAAAGCUUACGAUGGAUUCUCUGGCACUGCUCCAACUGUCAGAGACACCGCUGUCUGGGAAAACGUCUGUGGAAUGUGCGAUCUUACUUCCAAGAACACCAAAAGUACUCAUGAUCUCUCACGUAUGAGGGGUCUGUUGUUGAACCUAAAGACACCGUCGUCACAUUAA